AUGGCAAUGUCAGAAUUAUUAAAGAGAUACCAACAGUCACGAAAAGAGGCUACAGAUACAAGUAAAAGUAGAUUACCCUCGAUUAAAACUGACCCAAUAUACCCUUCAUAUUCCAAUUUAGAUGGAAUCAGAAAUCAAUCACGAUACCAAUCACGAACUUAUGGCGGUAUAAGCAAACCAACAAAAAAAACUUCUUUAUUAAACACUUCUCCAAUAUAUAAGAAAUACGAAUCAUUAAAUUUACCAUCAUCGUCUCAAAUUUAUAAAAGAGAAAUUGAGAAAAAACCUAGAUUCACCAUUAAUGAUAAAAACGAAGAAAGUAUAUUUUCCAAAAUCACCAAAUAUUUCCAACACGGAGAAGAAAAUGAAGAAAAACCUGAAAGAGUGGAUAUUGCUGAUAAAUAUCUAAAUGAUGAUAGAGAUGAAGUUGAUGAAUUGAUUUUACGAGUUAAAGAACUGGAAAAAAAAUAUGAAAGAGAACGAUUAAAAAAAUUGGAAGAGGAUAAUAAACGGAUUCAAAAUGAAUUAGAUGAUAUUAAAUUGGAAAAUAGGAAAUUGAAAGAUCAAAUUGAAAGAAUGGAAAUUAGAAAUAGAAAAGAAUUGAAUCAAUUGGAUAAAAAAUUGUUUGAAUUGGAAAAUAAACUAAUUAUGGAAACUCAAACAACCAGAAGAUCAAAUAAUUAUAGACGGAGCACUUAUUCAAAAGACGAUUAA